AUGCCAACAGUCAUGGGCCUAACAACCGACUCCUCCUCCAAAACCACCACCACGCUGGGCAACGCCGACCUCAAAAAGCCCAACGGCGGGUCCCGCCUCGACACCAUUUCCAAGCGUAACCACCACGCCGCCAAGGAAAUCGAGACGCUUUUCUGGCGCUGCUUAUGCGACGACCCUUCCGCCGCACCCGAAUACAUGGCUGAGGAUUGCAUCCUGAUCAACCCUUUACUCAGUUCUCACCCGCACACCACGCCCCUGUCGAAGGACAGCGAGCCGAGCUUGCUGGAUGUUUUUGAAAAGGCGGAGCCCUGGGCCGGGUUCAGGUUCCAUGGAGAUCCCCUGGUGGUGGAAAUUGAUUUGAUGGCUGUUGCGCUGGUUUAUAAAGUUUCACUGUAUACGAUGGAUAAGAAAGGGAAGGGAACGAGGGAGGUGGUGGCGAGUGUUAGUUCGAGUUGGAGGCAGACUGCGGGAGCGGAUUGGGUGUUGGUUGCGCAUCAUUGUCAGUACGUUGAUGAUGAGUAA